AUGAAUCCUGAGUAUGACUACCUGUUCAAGCUUUUGUUGAUUGGCGACUCUGGUGUUGGCAAAUCGUGCCUUCUCCUCCGUUUCGCCGAUGACUCGUAUUUGGAGAGCUACAUCAGCACCAUCGGCGUGGACUUCAAAAUCCGCACUGUGGAGCUCGAUGGCAAGACGAUCAAGCUUCAGAUCUGGGACACUGCAGGACAAGAACGCUUCAGAACCAUCACUAGCAGUUACUAUCGUGGAGCACAUGGAAUUAUUGUUGUCUACGAUGUUACUGAUCAAGAGAGUUUCAACAACGUGAAGCAGUGGUUGAACGAGAUUGACCGAUACGCUAGCGAGAACGUCAACAAGCUGCUUGUUGGUAAUAAGUGCGAUCUUACCAACAAGAGAGUCGUGGAUUAUCAAACGGCAAAGGCUUUUGCUGAUGAGAUUGGCAUCCCCUUUUUGGAGACUAGUGCAAAGAACGCCACAAAUGUAGAGCAGGCUUUCAUGACUAUGGCAGCUGAGAUUAAGAACAGGAUGGCGAGCCAGCCAGCAUUGGGCAACAAGACAGGACAGACCGUUCGUCCAGGAGAGAGCAGGCCCCUGCAACAGAAGAGCAACUGUUGCUAG